GCGCUCCUCCGUGCUCACAAAGAUGAGGCGGAGUUGUGGACGGUUUCGAUAGAAGCGGAGCUCCUCUUCACUCAGUCUCCUCAACAUUGGGCUUAAAAACAAAGACAGAAAAAGGCUGAGACUCUCCGGCGCCUAAACGCAGCAGCCCGUGAACGUUGAGCCAUAUGAGUAACGACAAUACGGACGCUUUUGUCCCGGAUUGCUCGCCUAGACUCGGUCUCCCCUCGCACUGCGGGCUGCCUGCGCUGCCCUACGGCUGAGAGCUCGGCGCUGGACCGGACCGGCGGGACUCGCUGCGUUCGGCCGCAACCUUAACCAGACCGUCACCUCCGUCAACCAGCAUUUCCUUCCCAUUUUAGUCAGAUGUGCAGUUUCGCGUUGUUUUAUCGUUUUUAUGUUGUCAGUACGGGUAGUUAGCUUAGCUGACUAGCUGAAUGUGAACACUGUAGCAGCGUUAGCAGGAAUGCUAAUCGGUUAGCUGCCUGGCGUUGUUUUAGGCGAGACUCUAGCGUUACUUGGCGUGAGCUAGCUACGCUACCCGAGCUGUGGCUUUGUAACAGGUCACAGCAUGUAGGAAGGCGCUGUGUUGAACGCGAAUGAAACUCUGGGGUCCAUGGCUUUAUAAACACACUGUAGCUGUCGGUUGUUGAGGAUAAGACAGCGACGGGAGUCCAUGUAACUGUUCUUUGCAGCAUAAUCGCAUUUACUUAGCCAGCUAGCUAAACAGUGCGCUAGUCAGUGCUUAUGACUGGUUAGCCUAAAGGUGGUUGGCGCGGCGUUUUAUUUACCAUGCUGUUGUAGAGGAGGGUAAGCUUGUGGUUACUGUAUGCUCGCAAAGUUGUAAGUGACUGGAGGGGUUUCGGUUUAAUCUGCUGGGUUGCUUUGCUUGAGGAGAGCUGUUGUGUGACGUGAACACGUUUCCCUCCCUCGAAACAACGGGAGUCCGGACCUAGCUGCUCUCUGCAUCUGGAGGGGGGAAACACUGUGUUUGUCGCUUUUUGGAUAAAGCUGAGGGAUUUACACGUACCGACACUCCUCCAUUCCUCACCCCAUCUUCUCCCUCCACCGUCUCUGAUGCAGAGGGCCUGAGUGGCGCCGGUGUCCUCCCCCCCGGCCAUGCUGAAGUGUAUCCCCCUGUGGCGGUGCAACCGCCACGUAGAGUCGGUGGACAAGCGGCAUUGCUCUCUGCACACCGUGCCCGAUGAGAUCUACCGCUACAGCCGCAGCCUGGAGGAGUUACUGCUCGAUGCCAACCAGCUGAGAGAACUGCCCAAGCCCUUCUUCAGACUGUUGAACCUGCGGAAGCUGGGCCUGAGUGACAAUGAAAUCCAGAGACUGCCUCCUGAAGUGGCCAACUUCAUGCAACUUGUGGAGCUGGAUAUCUCCAGAAACGACAUUUCUGAUAUCCCAGACAGCAUUAAGUUCUGUAAAGCUCUGGAGAUUGCAGACUUCAGUGGAAACCCCCUCUCUAGAUUGCCUGAUGGCUUUACACAACUUAGAGCACUAGCCCACCUUGCACUCAAUGAUGUGUCACUACAGUCACUACCGAAUGACAUAGGAAACUUGGCUAACCUGGUAACUUUAGAGCUGAGGGAGAAUCUGCUGAAGUCUUUACCCACCUCUCUGUCUUUCCUGGUGAAACUGGAACAGCUAGAUUUGGGCAGCAAUCAACUGGAAGUGUUGCCGGACACAUUGGGGGCGCUGCCCAACCUUCGCGAGCUGUGGUUGGACAGGAACCAACUCUCCUCACUACCUCCAGAGUUGGGAAAUUUGCGACGCCUGGUUUGUCUGGAUGUAUCGGAGAACCGGCUCACGGAGUUGCCCUCUGAGAUCAGCGGCCUCAUUGCCCUCACUGACCUGCUUCUCUCACAGAACCUCCUAGAAGUUGUGCCUGACAGCAUUGGCUCCUUGAAGCAGUUGUCCAUUUUCAAAGUGGACCAAAAUCGGCUGGUUCAUUUAACUGACUCCAUUGGAGAAUGUGAGAACCUCACGGAACUUAUGCUGACAGAGAACCUCCUACAGUCCCUCCCUCGCUCCCUGGGGAAGCUUAAGAAGCUGACCAACCUGAAUGUGGACCGUAAUCGUGUGAGCAGCGUGCCAGCAGAGCUGGGUGGCUGUGCCAGUCUGAAUGUGCUCUCGCUCAGAGAUAACAGGGUGGGCAAACUGCCUGCUGAGCUUGCCAACGCCACUGAGCUACAUGUACUGGAUGUGGCAGGAAACAGGUUACAAAAUUUGCCUUUUGCCCUGGCCAAUCUAAACCUGAAAGCUAUGUGGCUUGCAGAAAACCAGUCUCAGCCCAUGCUGAAGUUCCAGACUGAGGACGAUGUGCGUACUGGAGAGAAAGUUCUCACCUGCUAUCUGCUGCCGCAGCCACAAACACCCAUCUUAGAGAACAUGCUGCAGAGCGGCGUGGAUGAGAGCUGGCCCACAGACACUAAUCUGAAUAGGGUGUCAGUCAUCCAGUUCCAGGAGGAAGCCAAACCUGAAGAGGAGGAUGAGGAGUCUGCUGCAGAGAGAAGGCAGGGUCUCCAGAGGCGAGCCACUCCUCACCCCAGCGAACUGAAGGUGAUGAAGAAUGUGAUUGAGGCAAGAAGAAAUGAAGCAUACACCUCUAAACCAGAUGAUGAUGAUCUGGAGUGUCCAGACAACGAGGAGAAACGAUCAAGCCGUCUGUCCAACCAGAGCCAUGAUUCCCAGGCCUCCAACAGCACUGCCUCAGCCAAUUCUCAUGACGAGAAACGUGGAGUCAACUUUGUUGGGGUGGAGCUUAAUGAUAAACAUAACCAGGAGCAGGAGGAAGAGGAACUUGAUGAGAUGGAGGUGGAAUAUAUUGAGCCCACUGUGCACUUUGCUGAGGAACCUAUUAUUCGAGGAGGUGAUGAGGAUGAGGAGGAUGAAGAUGAUGAUAACGAGGACGGUGCCAACAGGAGCGAUGAAGAGUCGCAGCCGCCUCCAUUCCCUGCCGAGAAACAGCGGCUCAUCCGCAAAGACACACCACACUACAAGAAGCACUUCAAGAUCACUAAGCUGCCCAAGCCCGAGACAGUGGCUGCCCUGCUUCAAGGCUUCAGCCCUGAUGGUCUGUCUCCAUCUGCACGCACAACUGAGGAAGAGAGAGAUGGAGAGGUGGAGGAGGAUGAAGAAGAUGAGGAGGGAGUGACGGCUAACACCCCUCUGCUGCAGAGACUGGAAGCGGCUGAGCUGGAGGACAGCAGGCUGACUCAGGUGAACUCCUCGCUUCAGCCGGUGAAGGGGGUGUCAUUUGAUCAAGUCAAUAAUCUGCUGAUUGAGCCUGCUCGAAUUGAGGAGGAAGAGCUGGUCCUGACCAUCCUGAGACAGACUGGUGGAUUAGGCAUCAGCAUAGCUGGAGGAAAAGGAUCUACUCCGUACAAGGGAGACGACGAGGGGAUCUUUAUCUCCAGGGUGUCAGAAGAAGGCCCAGCUGCACGAGCUGGGGUCAAAGUGGGAGACAAAUUACUUGAGGUAAAUGGCGUAGAUCUGCAUGGAGCAGAGCACCACACAGCAGUAGAGGCGUUGCGGAGCUCAGGAACAGCUGUGACCAUGACUGUGCUUCGUGAGCGAAUGGUUGAACCAGAGAACCCUAUCACUACUACUCCUCUGAGGCCAGAGGAUGAUUACUUCCCCCGGGAGAGAAGGUCCAGUGGCCUUCCCUUCCUCCUGGAGCCUGGCUCCACAACUGUUAGCACAGGCCCCUGUCAGCGCUUGGCCACCUGCCUAGUCCGCAAUGACAAGGGUUUAGGCUUCAGCAUCGCGGGGGGCAAAGGUUCAACACCAUAUCGUACAGGAGACACAGGAAUCUUCAUCUCUCGCAUCGCUGAGGGAGGGGCUGCUCACCGAGACAACAUUCUCCAUGUAGGAGACAGGGUCAUAUCUAUCAAUGGUGUAGACAUGACAGAAGCCAGACAUGACCAGGCAGUAGCGCUGCUUACCGGCACCUCCCCCACCAUCACCCUGCUGGUCGAGCGGGACCAGGCAAGCGCAGGUGGCUCUUCGCCCCGAACGCGCCCCCACUCACCCCCUCCUCCAGAGCCCUCUGACUCCCCCGAGCAAGAGGAGGCUGGAGACGAGCACCUGGGAAACCAUCUCAGUUGCCCAAUGGAGGACGAGUACCCCAUAGAGGAAGUGACAUUAGUCAAAACAGGUGGCCCUCUGGGACUGAGCAUCGUGGGUGGGAGUGACCACGCCAGCCACCCAUUUGGCGUCAGUGAACCAGGCGUGUUUAUUUCAAAGGUCAUCCCUAAUGGUCUAGCCUGUCAGAGUGGGCUACGAGUGGGCGAUCGGAUACUAGAGGUGAACACCAUUGAUCUGCGACAUGCCACACACCAGGAGGCUGUGAAAGCUCUGCUCUCCAACAAGCAGGAGAUCCGCCUGUUGGUCCGCAGAGACCCUUCACCCCCGGGCAUGCAGGAAAUUGUGAUUCACAAACAGCCAGGAGAGAAGCUGGGAAUCAGCAUCAGAGGAGGAGCUAGAGGACAUGCAGGCAACCCCUUCGACCCUACAGAUGAGGGUAUCUUCAUCUCCAAGGUGAGCUCCAGUGGUGCUGCUGCACGAGAUGGCCGCUUGAAGGUGGGCAUGAGAAUCCUAGAGGUGGGCAAUCACAGUCUCCUGGGCAUGACUCACACAGAAGCAGUCAGGGUUUUGCGUGCCACUGGAGAUACAUUAGUCAUGCUGGUGUGUGACGGCUUCGAUCCCAGGAACGCGCCAGGCAUUGAGGCAUCCCCAGGUGUGAUUGCUAACCCGUUUGCAUCAGGAAUUGUCCGAAAGAAUAGCAUGGAGAGCAUUUCUUCAAUAGACAGAGACCUGAGCCCAGAGGAGAUUGACAUUAUGCAGAAGGAGGUUGAGAUGGUGAGGGAGACGUCUCAGUGGGAGCGAGAGGAGAUGGAGAAAGUGGAGCGAAUGCGCUUGGAGCGCGAGGAAGCUACUCGUCUGCUGGAGGAGGAAACUGAGAGUUUGAGCACUGGACCUCUGAAACUGGACUACAAAACACUGGCAGCCCUUCCCACAACCAGUCUACAGAAAGUCAAUCGGGCUCCAUCUGCUGAGGCCCAAAGGAUUGACAGUCCUGUUGGAGAGCCACUUUACUCCCCCAGUUCUCAUCUGGCAAGCAUUCAUUUCACCUCCCAUGUGACUGCCAAGGACCAUUCCUCAACCAAGCCUGGUGCCAUCCAGCCCAUCUCCCGGGUGCGGCCUGUCAUGUCACCAGCCAGUCAGGAUGGCCACAGUAGUCCCAACCCUUUCCAGCAUGGCCCCUCCCCCAUCAACUCCCAGACCACUCCUCGUGCCCCUUCCCCUGACACUUUCGACGAAUUCCCCAUCAAUAUCAAGCAGGCAUAUAAGGCCUUCGCAGCUGUGCCCCACUCCUUGGCUGUGCUGGAGCCUCCGCAGGAUCUAUAUGGCCAGAGGAACAAUAUCCACCCAAAGCAGCCAUCGCCAGAGCCUGAGCUGUGUAAUGAGGUGUUUGUAGAGGAGGUUGAUGGCAAGGGUCGUGGCCCCCUCACCCCUCGCCCCUCCUUAUCGUCUGACCGGCGCGAGUACAGGAGUCUGGCAGCUGUGCCACGCCUGUCUCGCCCCUCUCUGGAGUCGAAGACCCCCUCACCAUGUGGGAGAGGCAGCCCAGAACAGCGUUCAUUUAGAGACCGGCAGAAGUACUUUGAGAUUGAUGUGAAGCAACAGACGCCAGAUAGCAAGCCUAAACCUCGCAUUUCACUCGUGGGAGAGGAUGAUCUGAAAAAAAUGAAGGAGGAGGAGGCAAAGAAAAUUGAGCAGAGAGCACAAGACUAUUUGCUGGAUGAGGAUGAGGAAGAGGAAGAGGAGGAUUUGGCUAAGCAAGUGGCAGCUAUGAAGGCCCAAGGCAAGGUGAUCCUGGAUGGAGUGGAAUACAGGGUGGAGUCUGUUGGCAGCCACGCUUCUACUCCGCCAAGGCAGUGUGCCACGCCUCCAAGCUACAGUGCCACACCUCCCAGCUACUGUGGCAGCUCAGGACCUUCCUCAGUAGAUGGUAAAGGUGAUUCCCAGCGCAAUUCCAUGGAGGACAGCUUUAGACUGGAGCAGAGACCCAACUCCAUGACAGGUCUGAUUCCCGUCUACUCUGCCGAGUCUGCGGCUCCCAUCCGGACAGCCAAGGCCGAACGCAGGCACCAGGAGCGGCUGCGCAUGCAGAGCCCAGAGCUUGCAGUGGCUACAGACAAGGAGCUCUCGCCUGCGGAGAAAAGAGCCCUGGAGGCUGAGAAAAGAGCAAUGUGGAGAGCAGCCAGGCCUUAUGGUCUAGAGGAGGACGUUAGGCAGUAUGAGCAAGACCUGGCCAAGAGGCUCUACCAGUCGCGUGUGAGGGCGUCGUUAGGCAGCGCUGCAAACCCUCCCGCUUCCUGCUCCUCUUCCUCUCAGCCCAGAAUGAAGUCUCUAGAGCAGGAUGCACUCAAGGCUCAGAUGGUUAUUGCCAAGUCUAAGGAGGGCAGAAAGCGGGGGACCCUAGACCAGUUAGCAGAGUCGCCCUCUCCUGCUCCCACACCCUCACCCACCCCUAUGGAAGAUGUCAGUCCACGGGCUGUGACGUCACCAGGGCGACUGUCCCUGUCAGAAAAGAAGUUUGACUACCGACAGUUCGCUGCCAUUCCUUCUUCCAAACCUGUAUACGACAUUCAGUCUCCUGGUGCCACAGAUGACCUUCACUUCAUCGAUGAUGCCUCCAACAGCCCAGCUUCCUACAUAGACGCGGAGGUGCCGGUAGCUCCUGUCGCGACCACGUCUGCUCUGGAGGAGAUGGCUCUGUACAGCAACAAGCGCAAACUACGACAAGGCAGGCGCAGUCUGGAGACGCCUGUUCCCACAUAACCACAUCCAUACACGUUUACACACACACAUUCAUACAUUCACACAUGAUGCAGAUAAUGAGGGUAGUUCACAUUAAGUAGCGAUGCUAAGAGGUAUAAACUAAACUAAAAUAACAUGCAUUCACAGACACUCAACCACUCUAGUUUCGGUGCCGACCAUCAGAAUGACCGGUUAAAAAAACACUACAGCUUCUUGUCUCCUACACACCAGUCUUGCCUUUACAGUUGGCAUACAGUAGAUGCAGAGGACUCGUCCUCCUCUCUAGCAGAUGGUGGGGGUGACAAACAUCAUAACAGACAAAAAUGUUUUAAUUUUUUUCCUCUCUUUUUCUUCAGUUUGCGUUUUAGAAGCUGAAUUAUUUUUAAAAGAUGCUGUUUGGGGUUCCUUUUUAAUACUUCAGUUUUAAACCUCUACUGAUUUUAAUGUUAAAAAAGUUUGAAAUAAAAAAAAAAAAAGAUGUAAAUGCGUUAAUUUUUCAUUAGCAUUUCUCCCAGGAGAUCAUUUGAAAAGAGAGAGUUCUGCUACCUUCACUGCCCCAAACAGACUAGAAUGGUUUUGGUCCUACUUUCUUAUUUUAAAACGUACAUCUUGAACAUCUUAUGCGUAAUUUAUUACUGUAAUAUACCCUCUGAUACAUGGGCAGGCUUCCAUUUGCAGUUUUUAUUACCAUUUUACAAGAUGAUUAACUUAUCAUUGGGAUACAAAUACCAUGCACCUAUGAGGCAUAAAGCUGUAUAUCAACUUCAUUACCAUAUCCUUUGCACAAAUUACAUCAUUUCAUCCAGUAUUCUGUAUCUGUAAAGUGAUACAAAUGAAUGUACUUUUUUUGUUUUCUGACAUACAAAGCUAAGAAAUUGUCCAUAUAAAUAUCAUUUAUAUGUAGCACCUGCCAGGUCUCCUUUAAUCAUCAGCUUAAACCUAACUAAGCAGCUCUCUAGUUAAUCUGAAUCAGGACUAAGAGAAUAAAGCCUACAAAAGACACCAGAUUUAUAACUUUGGGGAACCCCAGAAAAACUUGGAUGAAAAUUAACUUGAUCUUCAAGUGCUCCUGAAUUCUCAAAGGUCCUCAUUUUUGGGUUUCUUUACUUCUUGGACCAUGUUGGCAUGUCAUUUUCUGGAACAUUCCUGUCACCUUGACUAUAUAUACAUGCUAAAAAAAAAACAACCCUUAGACAUCCACUUUGUCCGAAUGUGCAAAUCCAAUCUCAGACCAUGAACUUUAAGAUGCUAUUCUUAAGACUCUCCAUCAAAAUAUGGUACCAUGCUUUCUAUUUAUGUAAAACUGGGUUUGGGGGACUCAUUCUUUUGGUUUUUGUUUCCAUGUAAAUCAUGCUCAUAUCCUUUGUCUCCAGAAAGGCAUGUGAAGGUAGUAGAUUAUAUUUUAACUAUACUUUUUUUUUUUUUUUUUUUUCUUCAAAUUUUUUGAUUUAAUUUAAAUCUGAAGCCACUGAAAUUCUUAUCGUUGUGUGAAUAAUGUACAAAAUGCUGAGUGAAGCAAAAAUUCAAGUUGAAACUGAGCCAGUCUGCACCACGACCAUUUGCCUGGGUGGCAUAUGUAAUUCUCAGACAUGGUCUAGACUGGGUGCUCCUUGCAUGUAUAUUGGCUUUGUUGCAAAUUUUCUUCCAAUCCUGGGUCAAGAAAAGGUCAUCUUUUCAUCUCUCUCUAGAACACAUUAUUUGACCGCUGUCAAACCCAUUCAAAUGUUCUAUUACUUAAGCUGCCAUCUACACUGUGGUCAGAUGACUGCCAUGUCAAACAAUGUUUUUAAUUUAACUUUACUAAUCGUAGCUUUUCGUGUUGCUUUUGCUAACUGAAAUUCAGUUUUGGAUGAUAACACUUUGGGAAUGGCUGAUCAUUUAUUGUAUUUUUUAAAGAUAAUUAGAAAUCACGUUUUCAUGUAAUUAUUGGGAUUCACUACAUUUUGGCAACAAGACAGUUGUUUUGGUCUUUCCCUUUUUGGUUGUUCUUGAUUUUGGGGUGGGGGGGAGGGGGCUUUUUUGCUAAAUGGGUCGAGCGAGGGGCUGAAGGCUGGGGAUAGAGCUCAUUCAAGACUGUAACUAGUGAAUUUGUACAACCAAAGAAGUCUAUUUUGUGGUUCAGGAAUAAUAAAGUUUACUUUUCAUUUAACGAG